UGCGCCGCAGCGCCGUGAACGCGCCCACAGAUCACCGCGAGUCCGCGACAUCGUCAGAAACCCAAGCCUCCUCGGCCGCGGACCAUUCCAUCCCAACCCCGCGCCCGCCCCGACCCCGGCGGAAUAUGUUAUGUUAUCCCCGCGCGGCGGCCGGCCCCACGACGCCACGGCACGCGCCCCCUCGUCCUCAUCCUCGCCGCCACGCCAGCACGCGGGCAUGGGCGCCGGCGCCGGCGGGGCGUCCGGCCGCGUUCUCGAAUGGGAGGCCGGCCUCCCCGCGGCCUCCGAGCUGACGCCGGUCUCGCACCCGCUCAUCACCCCGGCGCUCGCCGCCGCGUUCCGGAUCAACAUCGCGGGCGGCGCCUUCGCCGCCGCCUCCCCCUUCGACGACUCGCCCCUCGCGCACGACUCCCCCACCUCCCACCUGUCCUUAAGCUGCGACGAGGACGACGACGACGACGAGGAUGAGGAGGGGGAGACCGAGGACGCCGCCGCCUCCGGGAGCGGCGCGUGCCGGGGCGGGAGGGCCGGGAAGAAGGCGAGGAUGGUGUGGACGCCCGAGCUGCACCACCGCUUCGUCGAGGCGGUGGCGCACCUCGGCGACAAGGGCGCCGUGCCCAAGGCCAUAGUGCGCCUCAUGAACGUCGAGGGCCUCACCCGCGAGAACGUCGCCAGCCACCUCCAGAAGUACCGCAUCUACCUCAAGCGCACGCGCAACCCCGCCGCGCCGCAGCCGGCUCCGCACUUCCCGACGGCGUACGGUUCCCCCUUCAACCCCCAGCCGCCUUCUGAUCCCUCCAGCCGGAGUGGUUACUGCGCGUUCCCCUCCCGCGACGGCGAGAAGCUCUAACGCGACCAAGCAUUGCUUAAGCUCCAGGCUAUGGGAUGGAAACGGGCCAAAGGUGCGUAAGACACUGCCUGAGAAAGAGCUCAUGGAAAAUGAGCACGCCAUGUUCAGUUAGCCCGUAGAUGUUUCUUGUGAAAGAGGUAUUGUCCGCACUGGAGCGACUGGAGUGCAACAAAUAAAUAACGAGGGUGCCAACAUCACUUGGAGCACCCUCCCGGAAGACCACAGUUUUGUGUGAGUUUCUAGUGCUUGUUCUCAACAUGUAAAGAGUGGAAUUGUGUGCCACGGGGAUUGUAAAUUCUUCUCCAGGUCUUACAGUGUGAGACUCGUGUUGGAGUGCAUGUAUCCUGAUGCAACACCAUGAACAUGAUGCUGUUUUCUUAUCAAGUUGCUAGCUACUCUGAUUUAUGCCA